CCUUGUCCUUUUUUGUUCGAUACUACCAGACGCAAGUUUUUAAAAACCCUCAUUUCACAUUUCUCUUUAUUUUUCUUCCCCAUUUUUCUCAAAAUCCGAAAAAAAUUCCCCGAAUUAUAUUGAAUGAAAAAAAAAUCAUAAGGCUCGUUUGUAUUUUGCCAUUCUGUUAUUUUCUUUUAAUUUUGUGUUUUUUCGUCUCACUUUUUCCUUUGUUUUAGAUAACUUUGUCUUUGUUGAAAACUAGGGUUUGCUCUAAUGGUGGGUUUUGUGUAUUGAAAUUAGGGCAUUUUCAGAUAAAAUUUUCACUUCUUUCCCCUUUAAAGAAAGUGGCCUUUCGUGGCUUCCCAAAUAUAUAAUCCUGUUUUGAAGGUGAGUUUUGGUUGGAAAAGAUGUCAUCAAGGUAUCCAAUACUUGACAAUAAACCUAUUGAUCAAUGGAGGGUUACAGAGUUGAAAGAAGAACUUAAGAGGCGGAAGUUGACAACUCGGGGCUUGAAAGAGGAUUUGGUAAAACGGUUGGAUGAAGCACUUCGAAUUGAAAGGGAAAAUGCUGCAAAGGAUGCAGAUAAUGGUUUUAAGUCUGAUCCCCAGCCUGUAGUUGAGGAAGGGAUUGAGAAAGCAGAGCCGGUUGUUGCUAAGACUGUUAAAGAGGUCGUGCAUCAUGGUGACAGUGAGAUUGAGAAGGGGAGUGGGGUGAAGUUUCAGGUUGACAUUAAUGAUAGUGCAGCUGCUUUGGGUCAUGGAGGAGUUCAAGGAAGGGACAUAUUGGUGGAAGAGGAGCCUGUUAUUCAAACCGCAACAGUGCAGACCAAGAUAACAGUUACUGAGACUGUGGUAUCUGAGGUAGAAUUGACUGGACAGGAUUUGCAGAGCUCAGGACAAGGGGAGAAUGUGAAUUCUAAUAUCGAAGUGGAGUAUGAGGACCCGAAGCCCCAGGUGGAGAAUGAGGGUCCAAAGUCUGAGGUGGAGAAUGAUGAUUUAAAGUACCAGCUAGAGAGUGUGGGUUCAAAGUCUCAGCUGGAGAAUGAAAAUCUGAAGCCCCAGAGGGAGAAUGUGGGUUCAAAGGCUCAGCUGGAGAAUGAUGAUCCAAAGCCCCAGCUGGAGAGUGUGGGUUCAAAGCCUCUGCUGGAGAAUGAUGAUCCGAAGCCCCAGCUGGACAUUGAGGAUUCAAAGCCCCAGCUGGAGAAUGAGGGUUUGAAGGCUCCACAUGAGGAUGACGUGCGUGACUGUUCUGCUCCAAACAACCAGGUAUCUGAGGUCAGCCCUAUUUUAGGGUUUCAAGUAAAAUCUGAUUCUAUUUCUACUGAUUCUGUGUCAAUUAAUGAAAAGAUUGAACUAAAGGAUAAUAUAAUUGCUGAUAAUGUCAAAUUAGACCUAGAUGUUGUUAAGCCGGAGAUGGUGGAACCAUCAUCCAGCAAUGUUGUCCCAGUUAGUGGUGAAUCGCAUCCAAUGGAUGUUGAAGAGCCACUUGAGAACAAGGUGUCUGUUGAUGAGAGAGAUGACAAGAAUGUUACAAAUGCAGACAUGAGCAAGAAAAAUGAUAGUGCAGAGAUGGGGUACUCAGAAAAAUUAAAUUUAGAUAGAAGUUCAGGUGAUGACUCUAUGGAGGAGGAUGUGCUUGAUAGUAAACAAAUUGACUCAAAAUGUAGCACUGAGGAAAUGGGAGAGAAGAGUGUGAAAAAUGAACUGCCUAUUUUGAAGGAGGAGAGUCCUGUUGAUGUUGUAGGAGAUGGUUUAUCUGCAGAUGUUGAGAAUAAGAGCCGUUCAACUGUCCCUGUCGAGAAAAGAAAGCUUCAUGAUCAGGAAGCUGUAGGGAACAAUGAGCCUUCAAAAAGGCGCAAAUGGAACUCUGACAAUGUUAAAGUUCCAGAGCGGCAAGGCUCUAAUCUUACGCCCACCACCACACCUAAAGAAACUACUAAGCCUGCUUCUCUGAAACGUAACUUCUCUAGAUCAGACUCAACAGCUAGUGAAGAUACACCCAAGGAACGAGUUGUUCCGCCGUCACAGAAGCCUCUGACCACUUCCCUCAGAAUUGAUCGUUUUUUGCGCCCUUUUACCUUAAAAGCUGUGCAAGAACUUUUAGGGAAAACUGGAACUGUUACGAGCUUCUGGAUGGACCACAUUAAGACCCAUUGCUUUGUUACUUAUUCAUCUGUGGAAGAAGCCAUAGAGACACGAAAUGCCAUCUAUAACCUGCAAUGGCCACCCAAUGGUGGACGUCUAUUGGUGGCUGACUUUGUUGAUCCUCAGGAAGUGAAAAUGCGGCUGGAGGCUCCACCUCAGACUCCAACUACUCCUGGGACUUCUGGUUCUAUUGCGCCUCAAGCCCAAUCUACUUCUCAGCCUCAGCCCUCACCUCGUCAACAGGUUCCUAGACAGCAGCUUCCACCUCCUGCUCUUCCACCACCACCGCCCUUGUCUAACCCACCACCGGUUAGAGAACGGCUCCCUCUUCCACCACCACCUCCAGAGAAACUAGAUCCUCCUAUUGUCACUCUGGAUGACCUGUUUCGGAAAACCAAAGCAACUCCUAGGAUCUACUAUUUGCCUCUGUCAGAAGAACAAGUUGCAGCAAAGCGAGCAGCACGUGGCAGAAACGUGAAGCAGUCUGCAGGUGUUGCUUUUUGGAAGGAAUUGUUCCAGCCAUGCGGAGGGAAGUUGUCCGGUGAUAGAUUUUGGUUUUCUGAAGGCUGCUUUGGGCUGAGUUUUAAAUUUCAUUUAGCAUUAGAACCCUUCGAACUGAGAGCUCUCUUUAUUAGUGGAUUGAUUCUCCUUUGCUCGAAUUUGGUUUUCCUACUGGACCUAAUUUGGUAGAAUCUAACUUCUUGUGGAUGAUGAUUUGCAUACAAUUGUUUAAGGAAUGUAGAAUCCCCAAUAGUAUUAUCAUCUCUAAUUCAA